GCUGUUUGUCUCAACAGUGAUCGCUCCUCCCUCUUUACAGUGAAACAGGAAGAAGAAACAGGAAGUCAGCGUCUUGAAGCUUCUCUCGCUUUCUGAAGAAAUCCAGGACUUUAGCGCGCGUGUGUGUAGGUUUUAUGUAAAGUUUAGAGUUCAGGGGAGAUUUUUGAUAUUACUUGAUGCAAAAAGCGACUUAAUAUGAGCACUGGCUGAACUAGUUGACGUGACUCAGUGACUGAGAGUGCGCUUCAGGAAAGAGCAGGAAGAGACAGACAGAGUAACAUGGCUGCUAAUGUAUCACAGUCUGAGGUGGUUUGCACCUGCCCCGUGUGCUGUGACAUAUUCCAAGACCCUGUGGUCCUGCUGUGUGGACACAGCUUCUGUAAGCUCUGUCUGCAGGAGUGGUGGAGACAGAGCAAAGUGCACACGUGUCCGCUCUGCAUGGAGAUCUUCCCGAUGGCUCGGCCCGCGCGUAAUUUGGCGCUGAAGGACCUGUCAGACAACCUGAGGCAGGAGGUGAGUGCGAGAGCAGCGUCAGGAGCCCAGGAUCUGUGCGACCUGCACAAGGAGAAACUCAAGCUGUUCUGUCGGGACGAUCAGCAGCUCAUCUGUCUGGUUUGUAGAGAUGCACAAAAACACAAGAAGCACAACUUCUCCCCCAUCAAUGAAGCAGCAGAGGAGCACAGGACCAAUCUCAGAAUUCAGCGGAUGCAUUUAAAAUCCAAGCUGGGAUCAUUGAAAGUACAUAAGCUCAACUGUAAUAAAAUGGCCAGCCACAUCAAGCUCCAGGCUCGGCAGACAGAGGCAACAAUCAAAGAGAAAUUUCAGAAGCUUUACCAGUUUCUGAGGACGCAGGAGGCUGCCAGGAUAGAUGCACUGAGGAAGGAGGUGGCGCUUAAAAGUGACACACUGAACAUCAAGAUUGUUAAUGUGAAGGAAGAGAUCUCUUCGCUCGCAGACAGGAUCGAAACUAUAAAUCGGGAGCUGAAAGCUGAGGACCUCUCAUUCAUGCUGAAUGUCAAGUCCACUAUGGAGCGAUCAAAGUGCAACCUGCAAGAGCCAGAGAUUCCAUCGGGAGCCCUGAUCGAUGAGGGCCAACAUGUCGGGAACCUGCUGUUCAAAGUGUGGUGCCAGAUGAAGAAUAUGAUCAAAUACACCCCUGUAACUCUGGACCCAAACACCAGUGGCACACAACUGAUUCUGUCAGAGAAUCUGACUCAUUUGUCAGAAAGUAAGAAGGCUCAGCAGCUUCCCAAUAACCCAGAGAGAGAUCACUGUAGCGCUGUUCUCGGCUUUGAAGGAUUUAGUUCUGGGAAACACAGCUGGGAUGUGGAGGUGAAAGGUUUUUGGGCUGUUGGUGUGGCUGCUAAAGCCGGGGAUGCAACCCCUUCACUCAUCUGUGGCAUUUAUAAUUAUGGUCCUGGAGGACCAUUGUUUGAACUUCUCACUCACAACAGCAUGGAUUCAAAGGAUGUCUUACCCAAAAAGAUCAAAGUGCAUCUAGAUUAUGACCAAGGAACGCUUUCAUUUUUCGACCUUGAUAAGAAAACAUGGAUACACAUCAUCAAACACACUUUCAAAGGGACAGUUUUUCCAUAUUUUCGAUCGACUGUGAAAAUCCUUACAGCUGAGGUGUCACUGAUGAUAAAGACAACCCAGCUGAUGCAAAACUCUCUCCGAGAAAUUGCACGUGCAGGAGAGCCAAAAAGGCUCCCACCAGUCUCCCAUUCAUCUCAAUGAGAAAGUAAUGUAUGUAUUAAUAAAACGUAUCUACUGCAUUUUCAUGCCGUUGUCCAGUCAGCCAAGUGGCAGCAGUGCAGUGCACAAUAUACUGCAAUCAGAAGCUUCAGUUUAUGUUCACAGCAAACAUCAGAAAAAAUCUGAUCUCAGUGAGUUUGACUGUGGGGUGAUUGUUGGUGCCAGACAGGCUGCAUGUUUGAGUAUUUCCAAAAUCUCCUUGGAUUUUCACACGCGUGUAAGGUUUACUCAGAAAAGUGUGAAAAACUAAAAACAUCCUGCAAUGAUUUUCCACCCAGCGGUUCUGUGUACGGAAACACCUUGUUGAUGAGAGAGGUCACAGGUGAAUGAUGGUCAGAUUGGCCAAAACCUGAAUAACAUAGCUCGGUACAAGGGCCCAAGGACCCAAAAUGUCUUGCGUCAGUCUAGAGUGGUGCUGCUGGUGAUGGUAAAAAUGCUCUUUGCUUUUUAAUACUAUUCACGACCUAUCAGAGUUUGUCACAGACCACUUGCAUCUCUAAACAAACAAUUUAGCAUCAUCAAAUGGGUACCUCCAACCAAGUGACAACCCAUCGUGACGUACGUUUGUGAACCAACCUUUUGAAACCUAGAGUUUGGCGUUUUGGUCAGCACCAUUUUGGUUCUCUGAGACCUGAAGUAACCAUAUUUGGAGGAGCGAGAGAACACAUACAAACUGUCAAUCACACAGUAUCCAUGCUCCAAUGCAUACUUUGAUUUAUCAUCUAUCUGACUCUAAAUGUGACCAUAAUUUACAAAAUGAAAUGUGCUGCCUUGAAGAGGACAUGAAAAUAGCAAUUGUACGGUGGCUGAGACAUCACAACAGAUG